ACUUCCAGACUCCGCAAAGUGCAAAAAAGAAAUUCACCAAAAUAAGGACGAGGAAAGGACGAGGUGGAGGGGAAUUUGGCGAAUAGCUGGGCAACUAUUGCCUCUUACGACCGUGAUUGUGCCUUGUGGUGAACUGAGAUAGUCCUCCAUUUGAAUGGCCACUGCCGCCGCCUCCGUUCUAUCGCCGUCGUCGGCAAACCCAGCCCCCUCCGUCUCUGACUCAGAUACCGGAAGCAGCAGCAGCGGCGAUGAAGCAGCCGGGAUUUCGGGGGCAUCUGCCCUGGAGGACUCUAUUUUUGCUGCCUAUCUCCAGAUCUGUGGCGGCCAUUCUCCCUCCCAUGAUCUGAUAAAGAUCCGAUCAUUUCUCUCUGCUGCCGCCGGCCGCGGAGGUCACUUUGUCUCUUGCCUCAUUUGCUUGGAGCGCAUACGCCCCUCCGACCCCAUCUGGUCCUGUUCCUCCGGCUGCCACGCCCUCUUUCACCUUCCGUGCAUCCAGAACUGGGCUAAUCAAUGCUCCUACCGCCACUCCUCUUCUUCGUCCCUCCACUCCACCCCAGACUGGCAUUGUCCCAAAUGCCGUGACCUGUAUGCCCGAGACAAGAUUCCCCGGUCCUAUCGCUGUUUCUGCGGCAAAGUAGAGGACCCGCCCUCCGAUCCAUGGAUCCUCCCCCACUCGUGUGGCGAGGUCUGCGGCCGCCCUCUGCGCGGAAACUGCGGCCAUAAAUGCCUCCUCCUUUGCCACCCUGGCGUUUGCCCACCGUGCCCUAAGCUCAUCACUGCUCGCUGCUUCUGCGGCUCUCGUAAAGAUGCCCGCCGUUGUGCGCAGAAGCACUUCUCAUGCAAUCAGUCAUGCCCUACGUUUUUGCCAUGCCGCCUCCACAGCUGUACCGAGCGCUGCCAUGAUGGUCGCUGCCCUCCUUGCCAGGUGAAGGCCUUUUACAAGUGCGCUUGUGGGAAGACAGAGGAAGAGAGAGUUUGCGCCGAAAGUGACUUCCGAUGUGAUAGGCCAUGCGAUGGGAUUCUUAAGUGCGGGAAGCACAAGUGCAGCCGUGGUUGCCAUUCUGGACCAUGCGGGGCUUGUCCUCUGCAAGGUAGGAGGACUUGUCCUUGUGGAAAGAAGGAGUACAAGGGUGCUUCGUGUGAUGAGGAUGUGCCAACUUGCGGUUUGACAUGUGAGAAGAUGCUGAGCUGCGGCCUUCAUAGGUGCCCAGAAAGGUGCCACCGUGGGAUUUGCGUGGAGACAUGCAGGAUUGUUGUUUUUAAGGCUUGCCGGUGUGGGAGCUUGAGGAAGGAGGUUCCUUGCUAUCAAGAGUUAACCUGCGAAAGGAAAUGCUUAAGAAUGCGAGAUUGUGGCCGCCAUGCAUGCAAGCAUCGUUGUUGUGAUGGAGAAUGUCCGCCAUGCCAAGAGAUUUGUGGGAGGAAGCUUCGUUGCAACAACCAUAAAUGCCCUUCCUUAUGCCAUAGAGGUUCCUGUGCCCCAUGUCCAUUGAUGGUGACAAUUUCUUGCUUUUGUGGUGAAACUUAUUUUGAGGUCCCAUGUGGUGUUGAAAAGAAUCAAAGGCCUCUAAAGUGUCCCAAAACGUGCCAUGUGUCUCGUUUGUGCAGACACCAAUCUCAGUGUCGGCCGCACAAAUGUCACUAUGGUGCUUGCCCGCCUUGCAGAAUUAUUUGUGGAGAAGAACUUUCAUGCGGUCAUAUCUGUAAACAUAGAUGCCAUGGCCCAAUCCCUCCUCCCAACCCAGAAUUCACAUUGAAACCUAAGAAGAAGAAAAUGGAGAAAAAUAUUGGAGUUACACCUGGAUCAGCAUGCCCUUCUUGUCAAGAAAUUAUUUGGGUAGCAUGCCUAGGCCAACACCUUGGUGAAGAACGUCCGAUGGUUUGUUCAAAAACGUCCCAGUUUUCAUGUAAUAGCUUGUGUGGAAAUCUUCUUGCUUGUGGCAAUCAUUACUGCACAAAGUCUUGCCAUGCUGUGAAGUAUCAGCCAUCAUCAUCGGAUGGACAUGGAAGUUAUAAGGAUGAUUUGGCACAAAAACAUGGGCCUUCACUUUUAAAUGCUGGAAGUGAUCAUGCAGAGUCGUGUGAAGAGUGUCUUCUUCCAUGUCAAAAGGUUAGGGAGCCCGCAUGCUCACACCCAUGCCCUUUACCAUGUCAUUCUGAUUGUUGCCCCCCUUGUGAGGUACUUCUUAAAAGAUCGUGUCAUUGUGGUGCUAUGGUGCAUGUGUUCAAUUGCGCUAACUACAAUAGGUUGACUGUAGAGGAGCAGCAACUGACAAGAUCAUGUCGUGGCCCAUGCCAUAGAAAAUUACCUAAUUGCCCUCAUUUAUGCUCUGAUAUUUGUCAUCCUGGACAGUGUCCAUCAAUUAAUCUAUGCUCUAAAAAGGUUACUGUUCGCUGUGCAUGCAAUAGCCUUAAAAAGGAAUGGCUUUGUCGUGAUGUCCAAAAUUUGUACCGCCAAACUGAUCGGGAUCCUAAAGAUGUUGUAAAGAGCUUGUUUGGAAUUGGUUUGAUCCCAUGCAAUGCAGACUGUAAAAGUAAGGUGAAAGUUGCUGAUGCUGAAUUACAAAUUCAAAAAGUUCCAGUGCCCAAGGGCAUAGAUGUUGUUGCUGCUGCUGUGACAAAAAGGAGAAAGAGAAGGGAGCGCAUACAAGUAACUAAGCAGGUUUCAAAGUUCCAGGCAUUCAGAUCAAUCUUACAGAGGUGUCUCUUGUUUACUCUCAUAUUGAUUGUGAUAUGUGCAAGCCUAUGCUAUGGCUACAAGGCCCUCUUCUGGCUUUCCGAUCGGAUGUAUGAAAUAGAGAGAAGAAAAGUCAAAAAAGGAUUAUCAAAAUUUUGAUUGCCGAGAGAACACGCAUAAUGAAGGCAUACAGGAUUCAUUCAAUUUUUUCAUCUUGGAGUUCCUAAAUUGUGCUAAUCGAUACAGUUGAUAAAACAUCAUGAUCUAAGUUGGCUAUGCUAUGCAACUUAGGGUUUGUACUAUGUUAAUUGUUGCAACUUCAAUCACUUUGUUGUGGUUUUUUAGUGCACAGCAAGGUAUGGUGGGAGUUUUAGAGGUCUGUUCUAUAUCCCAAUAACCUUGGGAAAUAUCAUUGCAAAUAUCCUGAUCAUUGGCCGUCAGCUUGCAUUGCAAUUUUAGAUGAUUUUUGUUGUCAUAUUAGAAUUUCUUACUGACAGAGGUCUCAUCCUUCUGAUGUCUUCAACAAGAGGAUUACUUUGUAUGA